CUUUGAUGUAUGUACCUUACUCCGGAGUACCACAGGAAAAGAUUGCGAUAUGGCUCGCUGGAUCAGUACCAUUGCAGAUGAAGCGUGUUCGUGGCUACACGUCCCAUGCUACGGUAGAUGAUGUACUAUGCCGCGUCGCGCUCAAUACGCCCUGGAGCUAGGUACUGCUAGCAUGAGCUCUUGACUGAUUUCGCUGGCGGGACUACUCCGUACAGAGAGGUGUCCAUUCUCGUGAAGGUCACUGGGUUGAUGUUCCUGGCGAUCACUACUACAGUGCAGUGACAGAGCAUCUCUACUCCGUAGACAUGCGCGGUGACUUGUUACGGUGGAUCGGCCAUUGCGUCAUAACGACGUUAUGCAUUGUUGAACGCAGCAGCUCUCGGGGCUUUUACAUGCCAACAAAUCUUCAAUUAACUGCUAUAUGCUACUGUCCUUCUCAAUUCUGCUCAAUCGCACUCAUCAAUUUUGAAUAAUUCUUGAGGAAGGCCAACCAGAUCAUGCUUUCGAGAUCCUUUAGACGAGCGGGUGCCCUUUCCUGGGUGCGCUCGUCGCUACCCCGUCCUGGACGUCGCUGUAUGGCGAGCGUCGCUAAUCUGGACGAUAUCCCUACGGUACGUGGUGUUGUGGAUAUGCGUCCCAAUGCUCCGAUCACAGCACUGACGAAGCCCCGGUUUAAAGGAAGACGAUCGGUCCUUCCGAGUCCCAAUUUCAGAGGAAAGCUACUCGACAUAUAACUUUGACCCGCCGCCAUACUAUGUGGAGACAACGAAAAAUGAACUCAAACAACUAUUUCGGGAUAUGUCGAUGAUUAGGUUGGCUGGCAAUCAUUUCCGACGGACCAAUCGAGCCCGACGCUGACGUAUAACAGACGUAUGGAGUUAACCGCCGACGGCCUAUACAAGGAGAAAAAGAUCCGAGGAUUCUGCCAUCUUUCCACCGGUCAGGAAGCGGUCGCCGUGGGCAUCGAGCAUGGAAUCACCAGGAGUGACAAGUUAAUUACGGCAUACCGUUCCCAUGGAAACACAUUGAUGCGUGGAGGGACCGUGGAGUCCAUCCUUGGGGAGCUUCUCGGACGACGAGGCGGUAUUUCGUAUGGCAAGGGCGGCUCGAUGCAUAUGUUCAGCGAGGGCUUUUUCGGUGGCAAUGGAAUUGUGGGAGCUCAUGUUCCUGUUGGCGCUGGCAUCGCAUUGGCUCAGCAGUACAAUGAAGCGAAAAAUCUCACGAUCGAUCUAUACGGUGAUGGAGCUGCGAACCAGGGACAGGUCCACGAAACAUUUAACAUGGCUAAACUGUGGAAUUUGCCUAUCAUCUUUGGCUGCGAAAAUAACAAAUAUGGCAUGGGCACUUCCGCUGACCGAGCAUCCGCCAUGACCGAGUACUACAAGCGGGGCCAAUACAUCCCAGGGCUGCAAAUCGAUGGAAUGGAUGUUCUUGCUGUUCUUUCCGCCAUCAAACACGGGAAGAAGUUUGUCUUAGACGGAAACGGGCCUCUAGUAUAUGAAUUUGUUACCUACCGCUACGCAGGACACUCCAUGUCUGAUCCAGGAACUGCCUACCGGAGUAGAGAUGAACUCCAGUCUCAACGAUCGAACGAUCCUAUUACCAAUUUCCGGGACAGAUUGAUCGAUUGGGGCGUAUUUACUCACGAGGAAGCCAAAUCCAUCGACAAGGACGUGCGAGAGAAGAUCAACAAGGCGAAGACCGAGGCUGAGAACAUGCCCGAGCCCGAGCCCCGGAUGGAUAUUUUAUACGAGGACAUUUACAUGCGUGGGAGCGAGCCUCAACAAAGGCGUGGGCGGACUAUUGAUGAAACCUACUACCAGGGUUAAGGUAGCUUAGAUACCACCAUUAGUAUCUAGUUGUCACAUGUACAUAGAGCUCGGGAAAGCGAUGUCAACAAAUAAUAACUAUUUAAUUCAGCCACGU